ACAUGGACUCCUUCAGCUCUCUGUCUUUCUUCAAGGCUUUUAUUCUCUUAUUCUUCGUGCUCCAGAUACAGGCUGUUCCAGCCGUCUACGAUAAUGAUGUUGAUGCGGGGGAACUGCGUGAGGAUAUUCCUGACAUAAAUCUUGAAUCAAACAGACCUCUUUUCGAAGGAGACAUUGCAGUUGAUCUAAGAAGAAAUGCAAUUUUGGAUGAGACUGCAAGAUGGAAGUUUCCAAUUCCCUACAUAUUAACAGAUUCUCUUGACUUGAAUGCAAAAGGUGUAAUUCUCCAAGCAAUGGAGAUGUAUCGCCUGAAAUCCUGUGUGGACUUCAAGCCCUACGAGGGAGAGAACACCUACAUCUCCUUUACCAAGCUGGAUGGAUGCUGGUCAUUUGUGGGGGACUUGCACGAGGGACAGAAUGUCUCCAUCGGUGAGAGGUGUGACACCAAGGCUAUCGUAGAGCACGAACUCCUGCACGCUUUGGGGUUUUACCAUGAGCAAUCCAGGACGGAUCGGGAUGACUACGUGAAAAUCUGGUGGGAUCAGAUCAUCGAGGGGAAGGAGCACAACUUUGUCAAGUAUGCAGAUGACUUCAUCACUGAUCUGAACACGCCUUACGACUAUGAGUCAAUCAUGCACUAUAGGCCACUCUCCUUCAACAAGAAUAGCACAGUACCCACCAUCACCACUACCAUCCCAGCAUUCAACGAUGUCAUUGGACAGCGCCUGGACUUCAGUGCCAUCGACCUGCAAAGGCUGAACCGAAUGUACAACUGCACUUCCACACACACCUUGUUGGACCAGUGUGCCUUUGAGCUGAUAAACAUCUGUGGCAUGAUCCAGAAUGAGGAAGAUGAUGCAGAUUGGGUUCAGACCCUGAGCAGCGCUGGAGAGGACGACCACACCCUGGGAGGCCGGUGUCAAGAUGCGGGAUAUUUCAUGCAAUUCAACACAUCAAGAUUGGUUGUGGGCAGCAGUGCCCUGCUGGAGUCCCGCAUUCUGUACCCCAAGAGAAGCCGUCAGUGCCUCCAGUUCUUCUACAAGUUCACAGGAGCUCCUGGUGACCAGCUAGUCAUCUGGACGAAGACGGAUGACGGGACAGGAAACGUCCGGAAAAUGAAGAAAGUGCAUACUAUUAAAGGUGAUGGUGACGAGUCAUGGAAGAUUACUCAUGUGGCACUCAAUGUCAGAGAGAAAUUCCGUUACAUCUUCCAGGGCAUUGUGGGCUCAGCCCAGUUGGCGGGAAGUAUUUUCAUCGACGACAUCUCCCUCAUGGAAACAGCGUGCCCCAGCACCACCUGGAUGAUCCACAACUUUACCCAUCUCCUCCUCACGAGCCCUGUCGGGCAUAGCGUUGUGAGCGAGCGAUUUUACAGCCCAGAGGGAUAUGGCUACGGGGUUCGUCUUUACCCUAAUGGCAGGGACAGUUUGUCAGAGGGCUACCUAGGCCUCUACUUCCACCUUUGCAGUGGUGAAAAUGACGGGGUACUGGAGUGGCCUUCUGCCGACAGACAGGCCACCAUCACAGCAAUGGACCAGGAUCCUGACGUGCGGCUAAGAAUGUCUUCCAGCAGGAGUUUCACCACUAACUCCCAGUGGGAUAGACCAAUGAAAGAGGGGACAUGGGAUGAGUCCUGUCAGUGCUACAGAGGUCAAGACUUUGGGUGGAGCACCUUCAUUUCUCACAAGCAGCUACAAAGAAGAAGCUUCCUGAAGAAUGACGACCUGAUCAUCUUCGUCGACUUCGAAGAUUUGACCCACUUGGUGAUGUCAGAGGUUCCAAUCAUACCAAAGCCCACCAGUGCCAUUAAGCAGCCAGUGUUGGAGUCUGGGGAACAUCAUGGGAGCUCUGUUGAGAUCCCAAAACAUCGCAGGGUUCGAUCUGCUCCAGGUGACCCGUGCUGGCCAAACCCUUGUCUUAACGGAGGGAUAUGUGUCCCAAGACAUGGAAGCGCCUCCUGCAGGUGUCCCUCCAGCCAAACCACUUUCUACACGGGAGAGAAAUGCGAGACUCGGAGGCUUCACGGCGGGAUCGAGGGCGCGCUCAUGGGCGGGGCAGUGGGUGUGCUCGUGCUGACUGUGGUUCUCAUUGCGGCUGCGCGAACAUCGCGCUGA